AUGUGGAAGCUUAAGUUGUCGAAAGGCGAAGAUGAUGUAGGUGUCACAAGUGUAAAUGAUCAUAUCGGUAGACAAUUUUGGGAAUUUGAUCCACAUGCAGGGACUCCUGAGGAACGAUCUCAAAUUGAGAGCAUGCGACAAGAAUUUACUAGAAACAAGUCGAAUGUGAAGCAUAGUUCUGAUCUUUUGAUGCGUUUUCAGUUUGCUAGCGAAAACCACAUAAAAACUAAUAAAUCACAAGUAGCGGAAGCAAAAGGUGAUGAUGAAGACGAUGAAGUCGUGGUGAAGACGUUGAAGAAAGCGUUGAAGUUCUUCUCAACUCUUCAAGGUGAGGAUGGGAGUUGGCCUGCUGAUUAUGGUGGUCCUUUGUUUCUCCUUCCUGGCUUGAUCGUUGGGUUGCAUGUUAUGGGAGCAAAGGAAGCAGUUUUGUCCAUAGAACACACAAGGGAAAUUCGUCGUUAUCUUUAUAAUCAUCAGAAUGAUGAUGGUGGAUGGGGUUUACACAUAGAAGGUCACAGCACCAUGUUUUGUACAGCUUUGAACUAUGUGAGCCUAAGGUUGCUUGGAGAAAGAAUGGAUGGUGGUGAAGGAGCCAUGACCAAAGCAAGAAAAUGGAUUCUUGAUCAUGGUAGUGUCACACACAUACCCACAUGGGGCAAAUUCUGGCUUUCAGUAUUAGGAGUGUAUGAAUGGAGCGGAAACAAUCCUUUGCCACCAGAAAUGUGGCUUCUCCCAUACUUUCUACCUUUACACCCAGGAAGAAUGUGGUGUCACACAAGGAUGAUAUACUUGCCAAUGUCGUAUUUAUAUGGUAAACGGUUUGUCGGGCCAAUAAGUUCUAUUGUUUUAUCGCUAAGAAGAGAGCUAUAUAACACUCUUUAUCAUCAAGUUAACUGGGACUUGUCAAGAAACCAAUGUGCCAAGGAAGAUUUGUAUUACCCUCAUUCUAUAAUACAAGACAUUAUAUGGGGCGGUUUAAACAAGAUUGCCGAACCUCUAUUGAUGCGAUGGCCAUUGUCGAAGCUUAGAAAGAAAGCAUUGAACACUGCUAUGCAACAUAUCCAUUACGAGGACGAGAACACCCAAUAUAUUUGCAUUGGACCCGUUAGCAAGGUGCUCAACAUGUUAUGUUGUUGGGUGGAGGAUCCAAAAUCAACAGUAAAUAAGCUGCACCUGUCUAGAGUAAAAGAUUAUCUUUGGAUAGCUGAAGAUGGCAUGAAGAUGCAGGGAUACAAUGGAUCACAAUUGUGGGAUGCCGUUUUUGCUGUUCAAGCAAUAUCAUCAACCAAUCUGGAAGACGAAUAUGGUUCAAUGCUUCGGAAAGCACACAGCUUCAUUAAGAAUUCACAAGUCAGAGAAAAUAGUUCGGGUAAUAUUCAGUCAUGGUACCGACACAUAACACGCGGAGGGUGGCCAUUUUCUACUCCAGAUAAUGGUUGGCCUGUAUCUGAUUGCACUGCAGAAGCUUUGAAGACGGUGUUGAUGCUUUCACAAAUGCCAUAUCACCUAGUUGGAGAGGCAAUAGCACCCGAAUGUCUAUACGAUGCCGUUCAUUUGCUUCUAACACUUCAGAAUGACAAUGGAGGAUAUUCUUCCUAUGAGCUUAUGAGGUCCUACCCAUGGUUAGAGAUGAUCAAUCCGGCUGAAACUUUCGGAGACAUCAUGAUUGAUUACCAGUAUGUGGAGUGUACGUCGGCUGUGGUGCAAGGCCUAACAUCGUUCAUGAAACUAUAUCCAGGCCACCGAAGGAAAGAAAUCGAAGCGAGCAUCAAUAAAGCCACAACAUUUAUUGAGAACAUGCAACUGCCCGACGGAUCAUGGUAUGGAUCAUGGGGUAUUUGCUACACUUACGGAACAUGGUUUGGAAUAAAGGGAUUGGUUGCAGCAGGUAAGACGUACGAAACUAGCCAUUGCAUUAGAAAGGCAUGUGCUUUCUUACUCUCAAAGCAGCUUCCUUCUGGGGGGUGGGGAGAAAGCUACACUUCUUGCAUGCAAAAGAUAUAUAUAAAUAUCGCCGGGAACAAAUCCCAUAUCACAAACACUUCAUGGGCUUUGCUAGCUCUGAUUGCAGCCCAACAGGCAAAAAGAGACCGAAGGCCUCUUGAUGUUGCUGCAAGAGUACUCAUUGAUCACCAAAUGGAAAAUGGAGAUUUUCCUCAGCAGGAAAUUAUAGGGGUGUUUAACAAGAACUGUAUGAUAAGUUACUCAUCUUACAGAAACAUAUUUCCGAUCUGGGCUCUUGGCGAAUACCUUAAUUGUGUAAUUGGGAAGAAAUGCACCACUUGAUAUGCAUUGUAUAUACAUGCCUUGUCUUCUGUCUUUGUGUGUAUUGUGUAAAUGAGUAUAUAUCUCUAGACUAAUAUAAAUACAUUAUAUAUACUGCUCACAA